GCCGCAGUAUGUUUGGACGGCUUUAGCCUUGAUCUCGAGUCCUUGACUAUGUAACUCGGCCCCAGGACACGCGUGAACCUUCAAGACAUAUUCGUUUGAGGUUCUGUAGGCAUUAGAACCCUUUCCGCGAAUUCCUUUGACCUUUCUUCUCUUCUACAUCCAAACUCUCUGGGCCCGGCAGCAUUGUCCCCAACUUCAACAUGGCUGCUAAGAAUUCAGGCCUCGAUGUGAUCAUACUAGGCGGCGGUAUAGCUGGAUUGACGACGGCACUAGCACUCACCAAGUUUGCACCGCCCGACCAGAUUCCAAACAUCCGAAUAUUCGAAAUCCGUCCCGAACCCGCCACAAUUGGAGGAGCAGUCAACCUCACGCCAAAUGCGCUUCGCAUGCUCGAUCACCUGGGAGCUUUACCGAUCAUUCGAGAACGCGACUAUGGCCGUGACAUCGACUAUCUUGAGGUUUUCGACAUCUACUCUGGCAAAAUUGCCGAAUCAGAUUUCCGUGGACCUGAGGGCAAAGGUGUAGGAGAACCGCCAUACAAAGCACUCCGAAUCACUCGUGGCGAUGCAUUGAAAGGUGUUUUGUCAGCCGUCGAGCAACAGAAGAACAUCACCAUGACCUGUGGUAAGCGCACAGUCAAGAUAGAAGAGACUGCCGACAAUGUCACCAUACAUUUCGAGGACGGCGGAUCUGCUACUGGUGACCUGCUCAUGGGAUGCGACGGCAUCCAUUCCGUGACACGGCUCAAGCAUGUUGAGCCUGAGCGCAAAGCGACUUAUUCCGGAGUGUCGAAUGCAUUUGGUUUUGCUCCCAUCGAGCAGGAUUUCAAAGUCCACUUCGAAUGCACUGCAAUCAAUUUCGCCCGCAGAGGAAUGCUUCUGACGAGUUUUCAUUCUUCAUCAGCCGAUUCGGUAUAUGUUGGAGGCUUGAUGCAGGUCGAGGAUAUUGGCUCCAGAGACGGCUGGAAGUCGGUUGGUGCGGAUGCGGAGAGGACAAGAGCACAGCUUCUCGAACGCUUUGGUGAUGCCGAGAUUCCGUCAAUCAAGCCACUGAUUGAGAAAGCUCAAGACUUCUUCCUCUGGCCAGUCUUUACAUUGUCGAAGGAGGGGAAAUGGAGCACUGAUAGAGUCAUGCUUCUUGGAGAUGCUGCACACGCAAUGCCUCCUCAAGGUGAAAGCACAGGAAUCGUGUUCGAAGACACAGUACUGUUCGCACGCUGCCUCACGCGAUGGAUAGAAAAGGGCAAGCCCAACACGAUGAAGGAAGCCUUCGACGCGUACGAGAAGCUGAGGCGGCCCCGCAUGGAGGCAGCUUUCGAAGAGUCGAAGAACGUGGUUAAGACAGUAUCCGAUGCUGGAUGGUUGGGACACAAGAUCAAGACCUUCAUUGUGCCAUGGUAUUUGUGGUGGAGCAAGACCUACCGGGAGAAGCAUUUCAUCGAAGACGUGACAAAGGCGGACUUGGGAUAUUAGAGACAUUAGGGACGUUUCUUGAAACGCAUUGAUGAUCAUUGUAAUUUUGGCGUUGCGGGAAUAUUGCACGAUAUCAACAUGAUUCAUAGAAGUAAACCACAUUUACACUGUCAUUGAAUUGCAAUGCAGGCGAAAAGC